AUGGCUUCGACUACUAAACCCGUCGUCCCCCCCGUGGCGCUGGACACUAUCACCCAGCACAUCGGCAACACCCCUUUGGUCCGGUUGAACCGUCUGCCCCGCAGCUUGGGAAUCGAUGCUACCGUCUACGCCAAGUUGGAGUAUUUCAAUGCCGGUGGUAGUGUGAAGGAUCGCAUCGCCCUGCGCAUGAUCGAGGAGGCUGAGCGCGAGGGUCGCAUUAAGCCUGGCGAUACUCUUAUCGAGCCCACAAGUGGCAACACUGGUAUCGGUUUGGCUCUGGUCGGUGCUGUCAAGGGCUACAAGACCAUAAUCACUCUCCCCGAGAAGAUGUCCGCCGAGAAAGUCGCCGUUCUCCGUGCCCUCAACGCAACCAUUAUCCGCACUCCCAACGAGGCUGCUUGGGAUGCGCCCGAGUCCCACAUUGGUGUCGCCAAGCGCCUGCAGAAGGAAUUGCCCAACGCUCACAUCCUCGAUCAGUACGGCAACGUCAACAACCCCAACGCUCACGAGUUUGGUACCGCCGAGGAGAUCUGGGCCCAGACCAAGGGCGAGAUCAAGGCUGUCGUGGCCGGCGCAGGUACCGGUGGUACUAUCACCGGUAUUGCUCGCGGCUUGAAGAAGCACAACCCCAACGUGGAGGUCAUCGCGGCCGAUCCUCAUGGCUCCAUUCUGGCCCUCCCGGCGGCUCUUAACGACCCGCAUGUCAACGAGCCCUACAAGGUCGAGGGUAUUGGUUAUGACUUCGUUCCCGACGUGCUGGACCAGAAGAUCGUUGAUCGCUGGUACAAGACCGCCGAUAAGGAAUCUUUCCAGUACUCGCGUCGCCUGAUCGCCGAGGAGGGUCUCCUUGUUGGUGGUAGCAGUGGCAGUGCUAUUGCUGCGCUGGUGCAUGCUAACGAGGAGCGCAAGUUUGCCAAGGACGACGUGGUUGUUGUCGUGCUCCCGGAUAGCAUCCGCAGCUAUCUCUCCAAGUUUGCUGAUGACGAUUGGCUCGCCGCUAAUGACCUCCUCGCUACCCUCCCUACCGAGCCCGCCCAGCCCGCUCAACCUACCGUUGCUACCGACCCCCUGGCCGGCGCCAAGGUCAGCGCUCUCCGUCUGAAGCCCAUCACCACCGUGACCUCCACCUUUGCCUGCGAAGCCGCCAUUGAGAUCAUGCGUGACAGGGGCUUCGACCAGCUGCCCGUCCUCGCCCCAUCUGGUCGCCGUCUCGUCGGUCUGGUCACCCUGGGUAACGUUCUCAGCCGCCUGACCCACGGCCGUGCCACCGGCAAGACCCCCGUCUCCGAGGUCAUGUUCGACUUCUCCAAGAUCCCGGAGGUCGUCACCGACCCCCGCUCCCUGGGCCGGUCCAACGGUGCCGGUGUCCGUCGCCAGUUCAUGGAGAUCACGAUGGAGACUCCCCUCAACGUGCUGAACCGCUUCUUCGAGUGGAACAGCGCUGCCAUCGUCACUGAGAAGGACGAGAGCGGUGCCCUGAAGCCGCUAGCUAUCGUGACCAAGGUCGAUCUGCUCACUUGGAUGCUGCACCACGGCAAGGCCAACGGCGCUUAG